AGAGACAGCGAUCGAAGACGUCGCCAAAUGCCCAACGGCUGAGAGCGGAGUGGCUGAACGUGAACUGCUUUGGAAGCUGCUUAGACUAGGCUAUCGCAGAAGACAUGCUUCAGAAUGUCGAUUUCGGCAACCUCGUCAAUGAUGCAGCUGUACAAGUCGUGGCGGCCGCUCGGUGGCUUCCAUUGGCAUUCGAGAUGAAGUAUGCGUACGAGAGCCUCCGUCGCAAAGCAGGGUACCUCCGCCUAAUGGUUCGCUGGUACGCAGCCUACUGGAAACCCCGACGAUAUCGAAGAGCGCGCCACCAAGUUACCUAUCGAGCUCCUUGCAGACAUUCUGUCCGAGCCCAGAAGUGCAGCGGUGAGCCGCACCUUAUAUUCGCAUGCCGAAGUGCAAGCACCGAUGCGACCUUUCACGUGCACAACGAUCGCGUGCCGAAGUGUGAAGUGACGAAGAAAUAAUGAU